AUGAAAUUCAACUUCUCUCUUUUACUUCUUGCUGGCUACUCUGCUGCCGCCGUGAUCCCCUUGUCGGGCCAGCCCGAGCCUGCUGCUGAGGCCGCCGUGGAAAAGAAGGACCUUGUCUCGCUGAUUGCACCCUUGUUCCGUGUUUCCAACCCGGCCAAGUCCCGCUACAUUGUGGUGUACAAGGACGACGCCUCGGAGGAGUCCAAGAACGAGCUCAGCGACUGGAUCUCUCAGAGAAUCUCCGCCAAAAGAGACGGCUCCAUCGACAGCUUGAACUUCUUUGGUUUCAACAGUCUCAGCGGCUACCUGGGUAUUUUUGACGACGACAUCUUGGGCUCCAUCAGAAACAGCUCCGCCGUCAAGUACGUCGAAGAGGACGCCAAGGUGUCGGCGCUGAGCCUCACCAGACAGUCCAACUCCGAAUAUGGUCUUGUCAGAAUCAGCCACCGCAAAAACGCCGCCAAUGGCAACUACCUCCAUGACGACGAGGGCGGUAAGGGUGUCACUGCCUACGUGGUGGACACCGGAGUCAAGUACGACGACAAUGAGUUUGAAGACCGUGCGUCUUUCGGUACUUCCAUCGCCUUGCCUAAUGAAAAGAAAGAUCCUUCGGGUCACGGAACCCAUGUGGCUGGUACAAUCGGUUCCAAGACCUUCGGUGUGGCCAAGAAGGUCAAAAUUGUCUCGGUGAAUGUGUUUGACUCCAACGACAACGCUUACGUUUCAGACAUGUUGAAGGGCUUCGACUGGGUCAUCAAGGACCACAACAAAAACAAGGACAAGAGUGGCUUCAAGGGCUCCACUUUGAACAUGUCCAUUGGUGCUGCCAAGUCCAGUGCUUGGACUGACGGAAUCAACGCUUUGCUCAAGGCUGGUAUCCAUGCUGUCGUUGCUGCUGGAAACGAAAACACCGAUGCCUGCAACUACAGUCCUGGUUUGUCCGAUGCUAUCACCGUAGCUGGUUCUGAUGAAGACGACAACAACUACAGCAGCUCCAACUACGGAAAAUGCGUGGAUAUCAUUGCCCCUGGUGUCAACAUCGGCUCUGUUGGAGUGAGCCUGUCUCCUUAUUACAUGACCGGUACCUCCAUGGCUUCUCCUCACGUUUGCGGAACCGUCUCCUACCUUUUGUCCUUGUACCCAGGCAAGGGUUCUGAGUACAGCUCUUCUUCAUCGCCAUCCGAUAUAAAGAAGAUGUUGAUUAGCUACGGAACCAAGGACAAGAUCUCUGGCUUUAACAGCGACACCCCCAACGUGCUUGUGUAUCAGGGUGGAAUGAACCCCACUUCUUUCUGGAAGUAG